GUCGUGCCCGAGUCGUCACACCGUGAUCAACCACCAAGGAGUUUUCAAUUAGUGGGCUAAACAUCUGGAUUAUGUAGCUAAGACGGCCAAAAGGAUAAGGGCCAUUAUACUAUGACAAAACGUUCAGCCACUUUGAGCACAAAUGUUGAGACUUGAACGAGGCUGUAGACUCCCGGCUCGCCAUGCUCCCUUCCAACGUCGUUUCAUUUAUGAAAAAGAUGGUGACGACCGAAGUAACGGGAGCGGCCGCCGAAGGUGGGGCUGGAGAUACGACUCUUUCCAAAAUCAGGCACACUUUGUCGUCAAGCCUAAUGACAGCGCAAGACAGAGUGACGAACAAAUUGGUCCAAAGUAACAAACAGCCAGAAGUUCAGAUCACACCGGAAGUUGUCAAGCCUGUAGAAGAACCACCGAAACCGAAAGCGGAGGCCGGAAAACCGGUGAGCAGGUCGGGUUCAUGCCGUGUCUGCCUCAAGUCCUUCAAGCCUGACGACUUCAACCGCACUUGCGGCGAAUGCCAGCAGAAAGUCUGCGAAGACUGCGCUUCCUAUUACAAACCCGAUGACACACAAGACGAGGCCUCGUGGAAAUGCAGCAUAUGCAGGCGAAGGGCACAGUCGAGGGCGCAAGCAAUCGUCGGACAGGACUCGACCGACUCCCUCCUGGAAACGCCCGUCCUGGAAGCACUGCAGCGUCGACAUUCCGACGCCAAACUCGGGUCAAACCUCGCGGCCGGAGGACAGGCGAGCGGCCUGGCACCGCCGAGAAGCCCGGAGCUGCGUCGACACAGCGACGUUUCUCCCGCAUCUUUAAAAGAGCUGGAAAAGGCCGUACUCAAAGUAGCUAGUGAUAGAGAGUGGAGGCAGAAAGGAAGAUCCGCUUCUGGUUCGCCAACCGGAAGCAGAGCAACAUCGCCUUCCGUAGAACGUCGGCCAUUCCCUACCUCACCAGCAAAACCAGAGGUGCCAAACCAAACGCAAGUGCAGGUGGAGCUGGAACCGGACGAUGCCUGGAGGCGGUCGCAAUCCGCCAGAGGAGGCAGAAGGAAAUCAAGGGUUCAGAAACAACACAGUUACGACGAUGAGAUGAAGGCAGCCCAGGGAGCGAUUCCAGCCGCUGAACCAGCAUUAGGUUUGCCAGCUGCAUUGCCCAGGAGGGCUUCGGCCUAUGACGUAUACGCACCGAGGGGUGAUGUCAUAGUUCCGGGAGCUGCUGGAGGAAUGGUUCCAGGACCGCGAACAGAUGAAAGACGCCGUUCCUCCUUCCGGGGUCCUCCAAGCGAACCCGAUGACAAUCCUGUUGUUUCAGUUACAGUCCCUGGGUCGUCGCCAACGCCGGACGUACCUUCGUCCCUUUGCAUCGACGAAGAAAGAAGAUCGAGAAGACGGGGUUCCCAGCUGCCGGAUAUCGCCGUCAUCCGUGGGCAGACCCGCGUUCCGCCCCAGGUCGCCCGGAUCGCGGACAGCGAGGCCAUGCGGAGGCAGACGUCCGUUACGGACGGUGAGGCCAUCAAGAUCGUUAUACACGACGUCGACUGUGAUGCUUCUUACGGGCCGAGGACGACGUCAAAGAGGCGAGUUACUCUGAGACGAGACCCUUCAGAUAAAGCGCACAGAACGCGAGGCUUUGGAAUGAGAGUGGUCGGCGGGAAAACUGGUAUCGACGGAAGGCUCUUCGCCUAUAUAGUUUGGACAGUCCCAUCCGGACCUGCUGAAAAAGGAGGCCUGCAGCAAGGAGACAAGGUUCUGGAAUGGGGAGGAGUCUCUUUAGUCGAUAAGACUUUUGAAGAAGUGUGCUCGAUAAUGGACAGGACAGGAGACACAGUCGAACUUCUGGUCGAACACGGAUCCGACUUGAGGAUGUGCGAUUUGCUCGACGAGCCGAUACCGAACCAAGUCAGGAAAAAUUCUGGAGAAGGGCUAACUCUCGGACUUGAAAAUACUGACGAUAAAUCUCCAUCAUCACCGACAAGAAGAAAACUUCCCAAGACACCGGAACAACUAGCAAAAGAGAAAGCAGCUGCUGAGAAGCCACCUUUGCCACCCCCGGCGGUUGAAAAGUCUCAAGUCAGUGGCCGAGUACAGCUGCAAGUCUGGUUCAAUGAUGAUAAAAACGAACUAGUCGUUUCUGUAUUCGCUGCUGAUGACCUCGCACCAAGAGAGGAUUUGCAGUAUGGGACACAACCUGAAGCCUAUUUGCAACUAAGAUUGUUGCCUUUUACGGGCGAGAUGAAUGCCGUUAAGACCGAAGUGGCGGAACCGACUCAAAACCCGAUCUGGAAUACAACCCUCGAAUUGAAAAAUGUACAGGGUGAACAUCUCAUGGAGAAAACGAUCGAAGUCACCCUUUGGGAUUAUAAGCCUGACAAAGAGCAAGUUUUCCUUGGAGAAUGCUGUGUCGACUUGCAAAAAGCCCUACUGGAUGAAAAUCCCGUAUGGUAUAGACUGGAAGACCCGAGACAGUUGAGAAACGGAGGCAGAUCACCACGUUCUUCCAUAGCUUCUGACACAUCGAUACGCACUUUGAGAAGAGGUGACAGAUCGAUGUCUGGGAAGGAUUACUUCUGCAUACCGUGGCCAAGCAGAGGUUAUUAUCCCGAAGGAUGUAAAUAUUGCUGGAGGGUCAGAAAGACAGAAGAAACGAUUUAUAAAACAAGCGAUAUGGAGCUAGAAGGGUGUAUGUUCCUCCAUCCAGACCAUGCAUACCAGAGCGGUUCAAGGAGGGGCUCCAGCCAGUCGGAACAGAUAGAAUUUGAGCCUUAUCAACUUUCUAGAGAUUUUUCGAGAUCUCUGCCUGGAUCAAGACGAAGCAGCUUCCAGUCAGGCCAAGACAAGGAUGCCGAACCUCCUCCUCCGAGUUACACGAAAGAGAGAAGGCGCAGCUCGAUUUGCAGGGUCAUGCGCGACCCGGACGAAAUUCUCCGGAGUUUAAAGCUGGUCAAGGGUGAACUUUUAGGCAGAUCGUCGUCCAUCUCGGAUAAACGACGAUCGUCCCGUUCGGGGAGCUUGGUGGGUGGAGAGCUGCGACGGAAGGAGUCAGUGCCGGAAUUGUUAGAACCGACGGUUAACCAAUCAAGCCCCAGUGAUGAAGAAGACAAAUGGAGUACAAAAUCUGAGCCGAAACCACUUGGGCCAGGACAAGUUCAACCAAGAGGAUAUCAAUUAAAAAUUGGGGGAUGCGUUGAGAUAAAACUGAGCCUGCUGAUGACGAAGGGACAGCUUGAAGUUGAAGUGAUCGGUGCAAGAGGGAUUAAAGGAGAGCCUCCUGACACAUAUGUCAAGAUGUAUUUGAGAGAGGGUGAUCGCUGGCUUCAGAAGCGCAAGACGAAAGUCGUACGCAGGUCGAACGAACCUCAGUUCAGGCAGACACUGCGCUAUGCUGCGUGUGACAUAGAGUCGCGUUCGCUCGUCGUCAUGCUCUGGGAGCAUCAGAAAGGAUUCGAGCAUAAUCUCGGACUCGGAGGGGCUGAGCUUUGCCUCUCGCAGCUCCCGCUUACCCAGCUCACAAUCGGGUGGUACCCACUUUUCCCGAUCCACACACUAGGAUCCGAUUCGAACGACUCUCCUUAAAAAAUAUCUCAUUCAAACUGACUUUUUUUAAGAAUAAUUUUUUAAUUAAGGCUGUGAAAGUUUAUUUUCUUUUAGU